AUGAUCAAGGAACUGAACGAAGCAAGGAAAAUAAUAGGACUGCGAAUAAACAGAAAGAAGACACAAUUCAUGAAGAACGCCUACUGCGAGGACGGAAGAGCACAACCUAAAGGCUCCCAAAUCGUGGAAACAUCGUCAUACGUAUACCUCGGACGUUCUAUGAAUAUGGAAAACGACUUGAAGGAAGAACUGAAUAGAAGGAUUAGAGCAGCGUGGGCAGCAUUUGCACCCGUCAGAGAUGCUACAGACCUAGAGCUACGAACUGACAGACUAAAAUUUCCGUGCCCAUAUGUUUGA